AUGGCCUUCGAUUACAGUUCAGUACUGCAGACACGUAUAAGAGCCUUUCGCUCUUGGACACCAGAUUCGCAAGCUGCACAGAUGCAUCCACCAGGACUUAUGUGGAGAAGGAACCAAUACCCUAGCAGGGAAUUCGGGAAUGGGACAAUUGGGAGUUAUUCAAUUCUGUCCAUUCUCAGAGCCUCCGGAACUCUACAAGUUCAACUAUUUGUUGGCCGCUCUCAAAGGCGAAGCUUCGGAGUUGGUGAGAAAAUCCAAGUAACAAGUGGAAAUCAUACGGCAGCACGGAAUGACUCGUGUUUCGACUUGUGGAUCAACCGGACAACUGUUUCCUUCGUUCAACCGCCAUUCGUGAUCAGCGAAAAUUAUUCAGCAGCUAAGGACAUUAUUUCGCAGAUGGUGCAGGAAGGUGAAAAUGUAAAUAGUCAGUGGCUAGUCGAACGGCGUCACCUGAUACGGACAGUAGACCACGGUUCUCAAAAUUUACACCACGCUUGCCUUGCAUGUACUGCAAAGGGAAUCACCUGUCAUUUGACUGUGGCAAGUACGCUACACGCAAGAGCGGUCACAGUAUUCGAGGGAGCACAAGCUGUGCUUGAUAUGCGCGUCACCGCAACGCACCACUUCAGAGUGCGAAAGACACCCAUGUUCAAGUGGCAGAAGCGGCACCACCGUCGUGUUGUUUUUCGAGGAGGGAGAAGCUCCAAUACGUCGACGCUUGCAAAGAGGUGA